AUCAUUCACUUCACUUGUCAUCACGUGCCACAUUCUUAUUCAAUAGGAAUGUCAGAAAUAUAAACCAAAGUGAUGUUAUAUAUCAAAUUAGAUUUAUUUUACAAAAUUUGAAAUAUACGUACACUGCUAAUGUAUUAUUGAGGUAGUAUAUAUAUUAGCAUACGAUUCUCAUAAAAUAAUUUCAUGAUAUUUAUAAAAUCUAAUUGAAUAGUGACAUCCAUUACAAUGAACGUGGUGGAUAAACAGGUUAAUGAAGUUCCUACAAUGGAAGCUACUGUAGGAAAUAGUGACAGUACAGGUACAACUGAAAAUACUGUCGCUCCUCAACAUGUUCCUACGAAAUUCGAAUCGUUUAUUGCAGUUGUUAAAUCACUCAUAAUAAGGGCAAUAAUAAUGUAUUUCAUAUUUUCAUUUUUCAAAGCUCCCCAACCGCAGAAAAAUAAUAAUAAUAAUAAUGUUUCAAAUGUACCACCAACUGCAGCCAAAAAUAUAUUUCAAGAUGGUACAAUGAUGAAUUUAUAUGUAUAUUUAUCAGAAAAUGAAUUUUUGAAUAAUUAUAAUUCUUCCAAUUUAUUUUGGUUAAAAGAGGGGUUGAAAUACGGGGACUGGACAUCAGGGGAAAAUAACGACGGUACAUAUAGUAUCGAAAAAAUCGUUCCGAUUACCGCCAAUAUGAAAAAUAAUGGUUCCCUAUUUUUACAUGCGUUUAUAGUGAAAAGCGGCUUAAGUCCCGAUCCAACUGCGAGUAAUUAUGCGAAAAAUCAAAUGUCUUCUGUCGUUAAACAAUUAAAUAAAUUCAAAAAACUCAAAUCGACGGGUACGAAAAAUCUUUUAACCGGCGAAACGAAAUCUUUAGAAGUCGAAGAGGGAAAAAUAGUGUCGCAUUGGCAUCCUAAUUUCACUUUAAAUCUAAUAACCGAUCAAACGAUGUGGAAUUACGGGAGUGUCCCCGCCCCUCUCGAUCAAUACAUCAAAUUCACUGAUGAUGGUCGACAAUAUAAACCGGUUUUAUUCGCGAACGAUUUUUGGAACAUGGCACGGGAUUACAAACCUCUGAAUGAAUCGUAUACGCUCAGAUUAACGAUUCAACCAUUGAGUUUAUUCAAAUGGCAACUUUACGCUGCCCAACACGUGAGGCAAUCUUGGAACGUUUGGGGUGACGGCGAACACGCGCAAACCGACGAAGAACAAGAUACUCUCAAAGAAACUCUCAUGGAAACCAAUCCUUAUCUCCUAGGUAUCACUAUAAUCGUUUCUAUAGUUCAUUCCGUGUUUGAAUUAUUGGCUUUCAAAAACGACAUUCAAUUUUGGAAUAAUAGAAAUUCCCUCGAAGGUUUAUCAGUUAGAUCAGUAUUUUUCGGCGUGUUUCAAUCAUUGGUCGUUCUAUUGUACGUAUUAGAUAACGAAACUAAUACUUUAAUAAGAAUUUCGUGUUUGGUUGGUUUGGGUAUAGAAUUUUGGAAAAUAUGGAAAGUCGUCGAUAUUAAAUUCGAAAACGGCAAGUUAACGUUCAAAGAUAAAAGUUCUUACGUCGAAUCUAGUACGAAAGUAUACGAUAAAUUGGCGUUUAAAUAUCUAUCGUGGGUGUGUUUUCCGCUUUUCGCCGGUUACAGCGUAUACGCGUUGAUUUAUCUCGAACAUAAGGGUUGGUAUUCCUUCGUGUUAGAUCUACUAUACGGAUACUUAUUAACUUUCGGUUUUAUCAUGAUGACUCCGCAAUUGUUUAUCAAUUAUAAAUUGAAAUCGGUGGCGCAUUUACCGUGGAGAAUGUUGACAUAUAAAUUUUUGAAUACUUUUAUCGAUGAUAUGUUUGCUUUUGUAAUCAAAAUGCCGAUUAUGUACCGAAUAGGGUGUUUUAGGGAUGAUAUCGUAUUUUUGAUAUAUUUGUAUCAAAGGUAUAUAUACCCUGUUGAUAAAACGCGUGUUAACGAAUUCGGUUACACCGCGGAAACGGCCGAAAAAAUCGAAGCUAAAGAUACGAACGUUAUAGAAGAGAAAAAAACUCAGUAGUUUGUAUUUCAAUUUGUCUUGCUUGUAAUAUUAUCUUUAUCACGUUUUUUUCUAUUAUCCACAAUUUUAGUGGCAAAAUAAUUGGAAAGAAUUUAUAUUUAUUCUAUUUUAUUUGUAAAUUAUAUAAAUAAAUUUUUUUUCUGUUC